AUGUGGCUUUUCGAUGAGUCCGUCCAAGCCCGGCGAGACAGUGUCAUUCGAACUGCAGGCACCUAUGAAAUGAAGUCACUUCCAGUGACCAAGGAUGUGAACCGAGCGCUCUUGAUCGGCAAGAUGCUGGUGGCAAACGCCGGAGUUGCGUUCUACGACUAUCCCUUCGAGCAGGUGUAUCGUAUCAUUUUGACGCUCCUGGGGGCAUGA